UCCUGACAGGGUGCCUGGGCAGAAUAGCGGAGGGCUAUGUGCCAGGGUCACGUGACCACGGCGAGGACAUGAGCAGCAGUAACUCACCGGCCAAGGCUGCCUUUACCGGGACGGUAAAGGUACCGAGCCCGAAGCGGGAGAACGGCUGCUCUGUGGGGCCGGCGACCCAGCUUAUCAUCAAGGAUGUGGGAGAAAUUCAUUCCAGACUGUUGGAUCACCGACCGAUCAUUCAGGGUGAGACCCGCUACUUCAUCAAGGAGUUUGAGGAAAAACGUGGGCACAGAGAAAUGAGAGUUCUAGAAAAUGUGAAAAACAGCUUAUCUGAAACCAGUGAUCAUGUUCUUCCGAGGUGUACCGAUGUAAUGCGAGAUGAGUUCGGACUGGCGCUGAAAUCAUGUCCUGUUUCAACAAUUUCUAUAUAUACAACUGAAGUGGCUAAAUGGUGGAGCUUGGUAUUACCGCAUCUUGUCCCAUCAGGACAACCACCUUUCCUAAUACAAUUGUCCAACAUGGCUGGAGUCCCCAAUUAGUCAGCUGUUGUUAAUGUGGACAUUUCAUCUGAUCACACCUUACCUUAUCUCUGUUGCAAAUGUAUUACAUGAGGUCCAUUGAAACAAGUAUGUGAUCAUGUGGUGUUGCCUCUUUGUAGCAGGUCUCUGCUCUUGUAUGACGUUGGUCAUAUGGGAAGGAAUUGCUCUGAUGGAACAUCUCCUUUCAGUGACGUUGCUCUUUUUGAUUUCUUAAUGUGUUUACUACAAACUGCAAAGCUAAAAGUCUGUGUAAAGGAAACUGGUGUGUCGUAGGGUGUUGCCUCUUCACUUGAAAUUUUCAUUGUGUGCGUUUAAUGUAACUCAUAUGUUCUUGGGUUUUCUAAGUUUAAUAGAAAUCACAGUCUUUUGUCCGAUGCCACAACUCCUUGUCACACAUCUUCUAUUUUUCCAGCCAUAUUGGUCUGGCCUGAAGUGAUUAUUUUGCUUUUGAUGAUGUAGGAAGUAAAUAUGUUAUUGUUCUUUGUUCCAUCAUGUCACCAGCCAUUGAAAAUGAAAUAUAGUGAUGCUUGGAUUACUGUCAGCUUUGUGGAGCUACAGGAAGUUUAGUGUAUUUUUGAGCUUACAGCAAAAUUUUUCCAGAAGACCACUUUUUUGAGAAGACCUCUCCCACUCCCAUCUAUUAUGCAUACUGGUCAUCUUCUUUGACAGAACACCUCCACGGAAGACCAGUUUUCAAUGCAAUUAGUUUGAUCAUCAUAUGGUUUUUAAAACAGUACAAAUUUUCAUAUGACAAUUUUAAAGGGGUUCGUCCAUCUGAGACAUUCAUAGCAUCAAUGUCAGAUACAGUAGGUGCAUGCCCACCUCUCAAUUCACUGCUAUGGGACUGCGGGAAAUAGCCAAGCCAGUACUUAGCUAUUUUCAGAACUCCCAUAGUGGAGAGGAUAGCCGAGCUUGCGCAGUGUGGUGGCCUUCACGAGGGGGGGGGGGGGGGAUUCUGGAGAGAAGAAGUGGGUCCCAGAGGUGGUGUGGGACCUGCCUCUACCUGAUGUUGAUGGCAUAUCCUAGCAAUGUCUUAUAUGGAAAUACUCCUUUAUCUCCAAGUAGAUCAUUGUUGGGUUGACUAAAAGUUAGGAAAUAUCCUCAGGACCCCAACAA